UGCGAUAUCCCAGCGAUAACAGUUCGGCAGGCUUGACACAGAACGCUCUUUUCUGGAAAAGAUUUGGCAAUUUAUAUUUCAAAUUUGCAACUAGCUAAGUUUGCAAUGUCCGAAAAUAAUGAAGCGUCAGUCGAAACUAACUGUUUCCGAGGUGGCUUCACCCUUAAGGCUUCUCGCCUGGGCGGUGCAGUACUGCGUCCAGCUGUGCUGGCCAACAGCAGCGGUUCCAACAAUAGUUCCACAUCGAUGACCGCCGGCGAGGAGGUCGCCCUGCUGAACAAUCCCUUUCUGCGUGAAGCAAAGGACGAGGAAGAUGACGAAGAAGUGGUUGCCACCGGCUCAUCAGUUGCCGAAUCUUCUGGCGAUAAGGAUGAUGACGAUGUGGACGAACGGCCGGAUCCACUGACCAAGCUGCGUAGCAAUGGCAUCGAGCGUUCGAGCAUGUUUGCCGCUGCCAAGAACAACAUGCCCCAUGUGCAGUCUAGCGGCUUUGUCUUUGGUCAGAAUGUGCAUGAGCGCGUCGUCGCCCCCAAUCCGGAGCAGGUCAUUUCAGAGCCAGAUACAGAGGCGGCCGGCAGCUUGGGAUCGGGUUCCGCUCAGGAGGCCGCCUCCUCAUCCACCGCCGCCUCGUCGUCGGCGCCAUUGCUUUUCUCCAGCGUCAUUCAAAACGCUGCCCAGACCACAGAGACCAGCGAGGCAGCUGCCUCUUCAUCCACCUGUAGCAGCAGUAGUAAUAACAAGGAGUCCGCCGAGGCUAAGAGCUUGACGGAUGUCGCCAGGGAGUACGAGGAGAGCCGCGCCCAAAAGCGCAAAUAUGAGGAGGUAGAGACCUUCACCGGCGAGGAGGAUGAGAUCAAUAUCAUCGACGUAAGCUGUAAGCUAUUUGCUUUUCUUAACAGCAACUGGGAGGAACGUGGUCGGGGUAGCCUGCGGUUAAACGACGCCAAGGACGGUAGGGGCAACUCGCGAGUGGUCUUCCGUACUUCUGGAAAUCUACGCCUCCUGCUCAACACCAAAGUCUGGGCUGCCAUGGUUGCGGAACGAGCCAGCCAGAAGUCAUUGCGCCUGACAGCCAUUGAUAACUCUGGCGUUGUUAAGAUCUUCCUGGCCAUGGGCCGGCCUGCAGACAUUGCCCAGUUGCACAAGGCGCUCAGCGAACGGAUUGCCAAGCGUAAGGUCUCACAUCCCGAAGAGUGCACCGUGGAGGAGACGAAAAACGGCGUGGCCUCCGAGGCAGCUGCCAGUCUACAGCCAGAGUCAACGACCCACGAUGACGAUGAUGAGGAUGCUACACCCGGAUCGUCGGGGGCAAUUUCCGCUGAGGCGGACAGCUAUGAGCCAAGUCCCAAGAAGGUGAUCGUUCAGCCCGACAGUAGCGCCGAUGUAAGCGUGCCGCCCGUUGAGGAGGGCGGCGAGGAUGCCGAGGCUGAGGCCAAGGAGUCCACCGAUCAGAAUUAACCGCCCCUCGCUCUUGUUCUUUUUAUACGAUUCAUCCAUGAAGAAAAGUGAAAACACACAACAACUAAUUAAUAAAACGCGCCGUGAAUUAUUAUAAAUUAAUUAUAAUAAUUUAUUAAUAAUUAUUAUUAUUAAAAGUAAAAUAAAUGAAGUGCAGAUUUGUAAACCCGUGAGCAGCGUUAUACAAAAGACAUUUAUCCAUUACGCUUUUUGUGUUUAUAUAUUGUUUUUUCUUUUGUUAAAAAACGAAAACAGAAGUUAUAAGAUAUCGAUAUCGAUCGUACUCGCUCUAAUUAAACGUUUUAAUUUAGUCACUAUA